AUGGCGGAGACGCCGGGCGGCAACCAGACGCCGGGCAAGGCGUCCAAGAAGCUCAAGGACUCCAAGUUCGGCGAGACGAUCGUCGAGGAGAACCAAGUGAGCGUGACCGUCAUGCUGACCGGCGUCGCCCUCGUCGAGAUGGGCUACGACAAGGAGCUGCGGGACGCGCUCCAGGCCGGCAUGUACGAGAUGGCCGAGGCGCAGGGGUGCAUCAACACGUACCUGCCGCAGCAUGUGACGCGGAACCGGAUUCUCGACUUUCAGGGUGAGACGUGGAACAGGUGGAAGGACAAGCGCGAAAUGGAGCGGCCCAACAAGAACUAUGUCGAGGCGGAGAAGCGCGCCAAGGGCAAGAAGGGCAAGAAGAAGAAGAAGAAGGGCGGCGGGAGCGGCGGCGCUGGGCCGUCGCAGGAGCCCGAGGCGCCGGCGGAGGGUGCAGAGGCGCCAUCAGAGGGUGCCGAGGUGCUGUCGGAGGCAGCCGCAGCCGAGGCCGCGAAGAAGGCCGAGGAGGAGAAGAAGGCCGAGGAGGCGAGAUUGAUCAGGCUUCUCGAAAGUUGUCACGAGGAGAGGAUCCGGCUCGGCAUCACGGCGGAGAGCCAGGCAGCGGCUUUAGCUGAGAUGGUCGAGGCGGAGCGGUUGGCCGAGGAGGCGGAGGAAGAGGAGGCGGAGGCGGAGGCGGAGGAGGAGGAAGCCGCGGCCGAGGAGGAAGCCGCGGCCGCGGCACUUGCGGCAGCUGAGGCGGCCACGGCGGCAGCUGAGGCGGCGAUGGCCGCCGCAAAGGCGAGGCGCGCGGCCGCUGCGAGGGCCAAGGCGGCCGCUGCAAGGAAGGCGGCGGACGCGGCCCAGCGCUCAUAG